UCAGAAAAUCAGAUUUAUAAUAAAAGUUAGUGUGAUUGAUACAUAAUUAUGUAUGUAAACGUUAAAAUUAGGAUAUCUAGUUACCAUUCACCUAAAACUUAAUAUAAGAAAAAUUUCGUGUUAGUUGAAGUGUUUUAUUUGUGUAUUUAGGUUAAAUAAUUAUUCCGUACAAAAAUGGCAGAUAGGAAAAUUAAGAAAAUUAAUGAGAAAAAGCUUGAAGCUUUUUCUAUAGGAACCAUGGGCAAAAGAGUCUUGUCAAAAAAAGAAUUGGAAGAACAACGUAAAAAGGAAGAAGAUGAAGCUGCGGCCCAUGCGUUCCAAGAAUUUGUGGAGACUUUCCAAGAAACUCCAAACAAGACUAAUAAAGUAUGGAUUAAAGCGGGGACUUAUGAUGCUGGGGCAAGAAAGGAAGACACUAAAGAUAAAGGCAAGCUGUACAAACCUACAUCUCGCAUUAGUGAGAUGCAUGAAAAAACAUCAGCCGAAAGGGCACAGGAAUAUGCUAGGCUCUUGUCAUCAAAUGAUCAAAAACCCGAUCGGCUUGGUAAAAAAAAGGAGAAAGACAAGAAAAAAAGCAACUUGGAAAUGUUCAAAGAAGAAUUAAAAAUGAUCCAAGAAGGAAGAGAAGAGAGGCAAAGAUAUAAACAAGCCAUUAAAACAUUUGUACCUGUGGAACCCGAUAAGGAUAUUUUUAAAGAUGUUAUGCCUGCAGAUAUAGGCUCAUUUGAUAAUGGUGAUCCAAACACUACAAAUAUAUAUCUUGGAAAUGUUAAUCCUCAUGUUACAGAACAACAAUUAAUGGAAGUAUUUGGUAGAUAUGGACCUCUUGCUAGUAUUAAAAUUAUGUGGCCACGAUCAGAUGAGGAGAAGGCGAGGGGGCGAAAUUGUGGAUUUGUGGCAUUUAUGAAUAGAAAAGAUGGAGAAAGAGCUUUAAAAAAUUUGAAUGGUCGAGAAGUAUUUCAUUAUGAAAUGAAAUUGGGUUGGGGAAAAUGUGUUUCUAUACCGUCUUAUCCAAUAUAUAUUCCACCAGCCUUACUUGAGUUGAGUCAGCCCCCUCCACCUUCUGGAUUACCAUUUAAUGCUCAACAAACUAGGCGUGACAAAGAACUCUUGAGUGCAAAGGGCAUCAAUUUUGAUGAUACUUACAUCACAGACUCAGAUAAUCGGGAAGCAGCUGACAAGAUUUUAUACAAGGCUGUUGUCAAAGUCGUUAUACCCACGGACAGACAUCUAUUAUUAUUGAUUCAUCGUAUGGUGGAAUUUGUAAUUCGGGAGGGACCUAUGUUUGAAGCAAUGAUUAUGAACAAGGAGAUGCAUAAUCCAAUGUUUAGGUUUUUAUUCGAGAAUCAAAGUCCAGCACAUGUGUACUACAGGUGGAAGUUAUUUUCACUUCUUCAAGGUGAAGCACAAAAGGAAUGGAGUACACAGGAAUUUAGAAUGUUUAAAGGUGGUUCUAUUUGGAAGCCGCCUCCAAUGAAUAUUUACACUCAAGGAAUGCCAGAUGAAUUAGUUCGAGAAGAAGUUACAACUGAACCGUCUAGAGGAUCACUCUCAACAACUCAGCGAACUCGACUUGAGGAUCAUUUGCGGUACUUGACUCCAGAAAGGAUGAAAAUUGCCAAAGCAAUGGUAUUUUGUUUAGAACAUGCAGAUGCCGCUGAUGAAAUUUGUGAUUGUAUUAUGGAGUCACUAUCAAAUGAGACCACAACUGUUCCUAAAAAGUUGGCUCGAAUAUUUUUAGUAUCUGACAUUUUAGCAAACUGUGCAGCAAAAAUAGGAAAUGCAAGUUUUUUCAGAAAAGCAUUUGAAUCAAGAUUGAUAAAAAUCUUUACUUACAUUAAUUGUACUUACAAAAGUUUUGAGUCACGUUUAAAAGCUGAAUCAUUCAAGAGUCGAAUUUCUCUGAUUUUCAAAGCUUGGGAGGAAUGGGCUAUAUUUCCUCAAGAUUUUAUAGAAAAAUGCAACAAUACUUUCCUAGGAGUAGCUAUGAAUGAAAAUACUUCACCCAUUGAGGAAGAUUUGGAUGGUGCUCCUAUGUCAGGAGGUGAAAAUGAUGAGGAUUUAGAUGGGGUUCCUUUGGAUGGGGCGGCUUUGUUAAAAGGGGCACUUCUUAGAGGGCUUCCUGCUACCAAUAAAUCUGCGACAACUGUUGAAAGUGAUGAAGAAGACAUAGAUGGGGUGCCAAUGACUGAGGGUGUAUCAAAACCAGUAAAUCAAAUGAUGACUGCUGCAUUUGUGCCAUCAAGAUGGGAAACAGUUGACCCUGAUCAAGUGGUUGCUCAAGCUAUAACUACUAGUAAAUGGGACACAUUAGAUCAUCCACAAGAUUCCAUUAACAAAUCACCCAAUUCAACUAUAUCAAAAAAUAAUGAAAGUCAGAAUACAACUGAAUUAGAUGGUAGUGAUGAAAGCAGUAGAGGCAGUAAUGAACAAAGUUCUGGUGAUACGCGAGACAUGGAUGAAGAGAGACGAUCCAGGUUACGUUCAAUAGAAGUUAAAAUCAUGCAAUAUCAAGAUGAAAUAGAAUCAGGUCAAAGGUCUAUUAAAUCCGGAUGGACUAUGGAGCAACAAGUGGAACAUUAUAGACGUAAACUGUUGAAAAAGGCCGAGAGAGAAAGAGAAAAAUCUCCAAGUCCGGUAAUAGAAAAACGAAGGAAAAAAGAUAAAAAAGAGAGGUCCCGAAGGUAUGAUUCUCCUUCUAAUAGAGAUUUAUCUCGCCCAAGAUCAAAAUCUCCACAUUCUAGAACAAGGUCACCAAGUUCUCGUAAACGAAAACAAUCCACUUCUCCAGAGCACUCACCUGCGCACAGUCGAAAACAUUACAGGAGUAGCUUAUCACCAAAUGAUCGGAAAUAUGUAGAUAGUCCUUCCCCAUCUAGAGUGAAAUCUUCAAACAACAUAUCACCAGUUCGGUCGAAAUAUGGUGGUCGUGUUCAAACGCCCUCACCUCCAAAAUCUUCAAAAUAUGAAAGUCCGUAUUCUAGACAUAGAAGUCCAACUCCAGUAAGGUCUAGCAGGUACCUACAGAGCCCUAGCCCACCAAGGAAUAAACACUCUAGUCCACAAAGGUCAAAAUAUAGAAUGAAAUCGCCUUCACCAAAAUAUAGACAUAGUAGGCAUUCUCCUUCACCAGUGCGAUCAAGCAAACACAGUCACAGAGAUCGAGAGGACGUAUCUCGGAAACAUAAGCAUAAAUAUAAAUAUUAGGUUUUAGUAAUAAAUUGUACAUUUUUUUAUCCAUUUAAGUUUCAUGAUUGUAAAAUAUUUUAAGUUAAAUAUAGGUUAUAGUAUGAUAUUUAAUUUGUGUACAAAUGCAAAUUUAUACAAGAUUCAAUUAUGACAUGUAACCACAAUGUUUAAUUUAGUGGGAUCAAUAUUAAAAGUUAUUAUAUAAAUUUCGAAUGUAUAAAUGGUUGCAUAAUUAUUCUUGGUUAGUUCAAAUACAUUGGUUUUGCUUGUAUGCUUGAUACCUUGCUGUACCUGCAUUAUAAUCACAUACAUCAACUUAUGAUUACAGUAAUUCACCUAACAUUUGUUAUAAAUUUUUUUUAUUAAACAUUAUAAAUACAUACACU